CCGCGCCCCCUCGCCGCCGCCGCCGCUCCGGCCCCGCCGAGCGCUCCGCGAGACCCCGGGGAGUCCGCCUCGCCCGUGCGCCCCGCUCCAGUCGUGCAAACUGACCGGACGAGAAGAUGGACUGGGGCACGUUGCAGACGAUCUUGGGGGGCGUGAACAAACACUCCACCAGCAUCGGGAAGAUCUGGCUCACUGUCAUCUUCAUCUUCCGCGUCAUGAUCCUUGUGGUGGCCGCGAAGGAGGUGUGGGGCGAUGAGCAGGCGGACUUCGUGUGCAACACGCUGCAGCCCGGGUGCAAGAACGUGUGCUACGACCACUACUUCCCCGUGUCCCACAUCCGGCUCUGGGCGCUGCAGCUCAUCUUCGUGUCCACGCCGGCCCUGCUGGUGGCCAUGCACGUGGCCCACUACAGACACGAGAAGAAAAGGAAAUUCAUGAAGGGAGAGAUAAAGAGUGAAUAUAAGGACAUCGAAGAGAUCAAAAGCCAGAAGGUCCGAAUCGAAGGGUCGCUGUGGUGGACCUACACGGGCAGCAUCUUCUUCCGGGUCAUCUUCGAGGCCGCCUUCAUGUACGUCUUCUACGUCAUGUACGACGGCUUCGCCAUGCAGCGCCUGGUGAAAUGCAACGCGUGGCCCUGCCCUAACACGGUGGACUGCUUCGUGUCCAGGCCCACGGAGAAGACCGUCUUCACGGUUUUCAUGAUCGCCGUGUCUGGAAUUUGCAUCCUGCUUAAUGUCACCGAAUUGUGUUACUUGAUGAUUAGAUAUUGUUCCGGAAAGUCCAAAAAACCAGUGUAACACAGUAGCCAGCUUUAGAUACAAGAGAGCGUGAGAGGAUGGAGCAAUCAGUGCGCAGCUGUGGGGCACGGUCACCCGCGCCACCCAGGUCCAGAGUCUCGUCUUCAAGGCCACCUUUGACCCCCUGUAGAUCUCACGUGCGACCCCAGAUGCCCCCAGAGGCUGCACUCCUGCGAGUGUCCGAGCCUCUGCUGCUCUCCGAAAUCGGUCCGGUGAGGCCCGAGCCAGCGGGGGUGACAGUGCCAACAGUACUUCCCUAUUUCAGACAAAGGAUAUGGCGUUUGUCUUCCUUUCUUUGAGGAAAGGAGAGAAACGCCAGGGCCUGAAGACGAUGCUGAGAAGGUCUGGUUGAUCCCCUUAGGGCUACCUGUGCCAUUUCCCUUGAAUUAAAGGUAAACAUGAGAAUACUGGGUUUUUUAUUUGCUUUGACGCUUUAGUCUUUAACAAUGGACGAGGUUACCUAAUGCUUCAAACUCUGUUAUACUUUUUUAAGUGAAAAUUUUAAAUAAGAUAUGUUCUUUUGAUCUACAAGGAACCAUUCAUUAUACGUUCCUCUAAUUUCGAAGGCUCAGAUUAUGAUAUGUAAACGGUGUACCGUUAGAUGCUCUCAGUGAAUUUAAAUAUGGCCUUUCAGGUAUGAAUGGUUUGCAGCGCCACCAAGAGGCUGCCCGUUGCAUGACUUGUGGCGCGUGCUACCUGGAAGCAUUUCAGCUCUCAAGUGAAACAAGCUAGAGGUCCUUAGUGAUGGCUUUGAAUAGCAAACGGCCUCAUUUCAAAAGCUUAGAUGUGAUUUUUUAUGAGAAAUACAGAUUGCACGUACCACCAGCUACUACCGAUGGUGGGUUGCCUCAAGACACCCUCAGCUCCCCUACGACGUUGCCUUUUCCACUCCCAUGGUCCACGGGAAGAAUACUGACUGAAAGAGAUUGCUUGGGAGUAUUUUAUUGCCACGGUACAAUUUAAUGGUGCAGAACAAAAUGGAAAAAUUGCGGGGGGGUAGUUACUGUUUCUAAAGAACAGAGGGAGAGACUAGACCCUAAAUCCUGACAAUUAAAAAUGAGUUUCAUCUACUUCAAAGGUUUGUUUGCUUCCCUUUUCAGCAUCCAGGUUUUUUAAGUGAAAACAGAAUUAAUAGACACUUCUUAAAAAUACAAACUAGGGUUUAGAUAACUAUUUAGCAGUUCUAUAAGACAAACUGAAUCCUAAUAUUAUCAUGAUGCUUGACAUGGUUUCCAAAAAAUGGUACUCAACAUACUUCGAUGAGAGUAAAGAUUUUCCUGUUGCCAAGAAUAGCAUUAUAAAAACAUUUUGUAAUAAUAAAUAAUAGCUUUAAUUACAUACUUGUAACUAAAAUAAUUUUGUCAUAU